CGCGAGGGGCUCGGCGGGGCUGCCGGAGCGGCGGCGGGAGGAGCGCCUGGCGACGAGGAGAAGCGGCCGGCGGGUGCCCGGCGCCAUGGGGCCUGGGCGGUGGUCGGGGCCGGCGCUGACUCUGGCCCUGGCCUGGGCGCUGGCCGGCUGGGGCGCCUGGAGCCGGGCCGAGGUGUGUCCCACCGCAUGCAAGUCACAGGGCUGCACCCUGGAUGACAAGUGUUGCCACUCAGAGUGCCUGGGCAACUGCCUGGAGCCCAACAAUCCGGGGAAGUGUGUUGCUUGCCGGAACCUCAACCUGGAGGGCAAGUGCGUGGAGACGUGCCCUUCCGGCUACUAUCGCUACAAAGGCUGGCGCUGCGUGACUUUCGACUUUUGCCAAGAUCUGCACAACAAGUGUAAGAUUGCCCGCCAGUCUGGGUGCCACGUCAUCCACAACGGCGAAUGUGUUCCUGAUUGCCCCUCGGGGUACACCAUGAACUCCAGCAACCUUCACUGCACUCCCUGUGCAGGGCCCUGUCCCAAAGUUUGUGACUUCACCAAUCCGAAGAUGGUUGACUCUGUGACUGCCGCACAGGAGCUACGAGGCUGUACUGUUGUAAAUGGGAGCCUGGUCAUCAAUAUCCGUGGAGGAUGCAACAUCGCAGCAGAGCUGGAAUCCAACCUGGGUUUGAUAGAAGAAAUCACUGGCUACUUGAAAAUCCGUCGCUCCUACGCCCUGGUCUCCCUCUCCUUUUUCCGCAAACUCCAUCUGAUUAGAGGGCAUACUUUAGAAGCUGGGAACUAUUCCUUCUAUGCCUUGGACAACCAGAAUCUCCGUCAGCUCUGGGACUGGAGCAAGCACAACCUCACAAUUGCCCAGGGGAAGCUCUUCUUCCAUUACAAUCCCAAAUUGUGCCUCUCGGAGAUCCACAAGAUGGAGGAUAUCUCUGGGACAAAGGGGCGGCAGGAGAAGAAUGACAUCGGCCUCAAGACAAAUGGCGACCAGGCUUCUUGCGAGAACGAGGUGCUGAAAUUUUCCUAUAUAAAAACAUACAGCGACAAGAUUGUGCUAAAGUGGGAGCCCUACUGGCCACAAGACUACCGUGAUCUCCUUGGAUUCAUGCUCUUCUAUAAGGAAGCUCCCUUUCAGAACGUGACGGAGUUUGAUGGCCAGGAUGUCUGUGGCUCCAACAGCUGGACGGUGGUGGAUGUUGAUCCUCCUCCACGGUCAGGGCACCCAGGGUGGCUGCUGCGGCACCCAGGGUGGCUGCUACGGAACCUAAAGCCCUGGACUCAGUACGCCAUCUUUGUGAAGACGUUGGUCACCUAUUCUGAUGAGCGCAAGAACUAUGGGGCCAAGAGCGAAAUCAUCUACAUUCAGACCAACGCCUCCAGUGAGCCUUGAUGCCUGGGAUGAGGUGUAGCAUGAGAAGAGACCUUCCAGGGUCAAAGGAUGCUUAGCCUUUAUAUGCACUAAUGCCAGAGGGUAUUUGUUAGGUCUGCUACCAGGGUGGAUAAAAAUCAAUGAUUUUUUUUUAUUUAAAUCGGAUUUUGAUUUAAAUCGAUUUUUUUAAAUAAAAUGCUUUUUGAGUAAAAUAUAUUACCAUCCAAAAGUUAUUCCAUCAUGAAAUAAAGAUGAGUUUUUAAUUAUGUAGAAUAAGGCUGUAUAUGUUUAAUUUUUUUGGUAAAUAAAUUCCAUUAAUCCAUUCACAA